CGCGGCGGAACGGUCCGUCGCCAUUGGCUGAGCGCCCUGAGAGGAAAAGGCCCAGCGCUGCUUCUGCUCGUACUGCCGGAGAUCCAUCAACCAGCUCUGAAGACCCACAGCAGCUCGGAGAUACGGGGCGCGAGAGACGACUGAAACAGGGGGUCAGGAUGGACGUGUUCAUGAAGGGGCUUUCCAAGGCGAAAGAAGGGAUGGCGGUGGCCGCGGAAAAGACCAAGGAGGGCGUCGCGGUUGCGGCCGAGAAGACCAAGGAAGGCGUGAUGUUCGUGGGCAGCAAGACCAAAGACAGCGUGGCGACAGUGGCUGAGAAGACGAAGGAGCAGGCGUCUCAGCUCGGCGGGGUCGUGUUGACCGGGGCUGGAAACAUCGCGGCAGCAACCGGCUUCGUGAAGAAGGACGAGUUCCCCUCUGACAUGAACCCUGAGGAGUUUGGUCAGGAGGCCACUGAGGAGCAGAUGGGGGAGGCAAUGAUGGACCCAGAGGGAGAGGCAUACAACGAGAAUCAGCAGGAGAGCCAGGAUUACGAGCCGGAGGCGUAAAGUAUCCAUUCCAAACCAAUGUCCAACCAGCAGCACAAUAAUGUUUCUAACAAUAAUAAGGACAAACGCUGAACUCAUCACAAUAACUCCUGUUGCAAAAAAAAAAACAGCAAAAAACUAAAAAAAAAAUUACAGUUAUUCCUGCCGAUAAAAGUUCUUCCUAUCAGAUAUAUAUAUAAAUAUAAAUAUUCUUUUAAUAUGAUCUAUUGUAAAUGUCCUGUUCUGGCUGUACUGUGGUGGGUGUAGUUCUCUUUACUGACUGCAGGGGGCAGCGCCGUCUCGUUUCCUUGAUUCCCUCCCAACGAAACGAGACUCCUCCCCCUCCGUGGCUCUUCGUGCCUGUGUGUGUGUGUGUGUGUGUGUGUGUGUGUGCGUGUGUGUUUGUGUAGUAGAUGUUUCUGAUCUUCCAAUGCCAAUAUUGGGGGUGAACAAGAAAAAAAAGCAGAUAUUGGAGUAAACGUAUCCGAGAACGAUGAUAUUCUAUAGAGCUGUGUACGAUGCCUGUUUGUGGGACUUUAUUUAUUUACUUUUUCAUUCAAUAUUGAAGCUAAAGUUGUUAUUUUAAUGUUUUUCAAGUAAGAGUUUUAUACAUUGUAACUUUAUAGUUGCUUGUGAUAUCAUUCCAGUGGAUCUCUCUGUUAGAAAUGGGCAGUUUGUAUCUGUUUGUGCGUUUGUGUGCGUUUGUGUACCGGAGAUUUUAAAGUCAGUGUAAAUGUGUCUUGAAAUGUUUAUGGGUAUCAGAUUAGUGCUUUACAAUGCUGGAAAUGUCGAUAUACAGGUUUCUGUGUCACGCAAGACAAGCAAGUCCUCUGUAAAUAAAGAAAUAAAAAACUAAAAAACC